AUGACUUCAUCCAUUGAAGACAGUCUGAAUCCCCGAAGGCGUAUGAUCACGUCGUCUUCAAACAUUGAUUUGCUGCAAAGUCGUUGGUAUGCCGACCAAAUGCAUUACACCCUGCCUCCACUAUACAACCUGAUUGGACAUCGACAACACAACAUAUAUACAGAAGAAGUCGCUUUUGAACACUACCCAGCGGCAGAAUAUACGCCACCCAGACCACGCCCAUUCAAAUCUAGCCUGUCCGACGCGAUUCCAGGCAUGCUUACGGCCUUGAAUGAAGAAGAUGCAUACCCUGGAUGGCCGAUGCAGGCUCAACCAGCCUGUUACCAUAAUCUACCACCCCACAUGGAUAUGUAUUACCACCACUCGCACAUGCCGACAACCAUGCAACAUGAUACACCGCCAUAUACGACUCAGACCCCGUGGAAUCUACUGGAUGCUGCUAUUGAAGCAGGUGAAGACGCAUCAUCAGCUCCUACCACAGUGGUAAACAAUUACAACACCGACGUGUAUGACGGUCAAGAGUAUGUAUACGAAAUAUAUGGAAACGAGACCAGCAACGACACUGUAAAGCCUAGUGAAUCAAUACUACUAGCUGCAAUAAUGGCCAAAAAUCCAGCACCUCCAUCAGUGCAACAAGUGUCAAAGCCAGCACUCAAAACCCCAGCACCAACCAAGCCAGUAGACGAACCUCCCACCAUCGACACUCAACUAUUGACAGUCAAAGUGGAAUAUGGCAAUAACGAACAAGUCACUGCAAAGAAUAAAGAUGUCGAGUCUGCGGAUGAAGUCUUGUCAGAUGUCUUGUCUGACUCUGAUACAGAUGAUGCUGCAGAACAGGAUACAGAAUACGCAGAAGACAACGAAGAUGGAGAUGCAUCUGAAUACGAUCCAGAUCCAGAGUCAGAUUACGAUGCGUCUCCUCCACCGUCUCGUAGACGAGGUCGCUCUGGCAACGGAAGGGUUGAAAUCGAAUCUGACUCGGACGACUAUCUGGAAAACUAUAAGCAUCGAAACUACUCUCGAAAAUCAUCAACUGAUAAAAAGCGCCUCUAUCCUUGUCAGUUGCCUGGUUGUACCAAAACAUUUACUCGUCGCUACAAUCUCGCUUCUCAUAUUCGCUGCCACUCUGGUGGAAGGCCAUUCUGUUGUAAGGACUGUCCUGCUACUUUUUCAAGAACGCAUGAUUUGCGCAGACAUAUCAAAUCUGUGCACGCUCGUGCUCGUACUCAUUCUUGCCCAUACUGUCCCUUGAGCUUCACUAGAAGUGAUGCGCUCAAGCGACAUUUGGACAUUGAAUUUAAACGAAGGAACAAGGUUGAGAAGAUGGAGAAGGAGCAGUAA